AUGCUGCUGCUGCAGGAGCAGCUGCAGCAGGAGCAUCUGCUGCAGCAGCAGCUUCAGCAGCAGCAGCAGCAGCAGCAGCAGCAGCAGCAACAGCAGCAGCAGCAGAAGCGAGACUCCCCUCCCUACAGACCCCAUCAAAGGCAGUGUUGUAACUUACAGCCGCUGCUGCAGCAGCAACAGCAGCAGCAGCAGCAGCUGCUGCUGCUGCUGCAGCAGGAGAAACCGCUGCAGCAGGAGCAGGAGCAGCAGCAGCAGCAGGAGCAGCAGCAGCAGCAGCAGCAGCAGCAGCAGGAGCAGCGGCUGCAGAAACUGCAACAACAGCACCUGCUGCUCCUGCUGCAGCAGGAGGAACCGCUGCAGCAGCAGCAGCAGCAGCAGCAGCACUUGUGA